AUGAAGAGUUGUACAUUUUUAAUCCUGACAUUUGCCAUAUUGUUAGAGUCUAAAGUAGCCUGCCACGAAAAGGAGAUACUUGCUCGUGAUAAGCGAGGUGUGCUGGAUCUGGUGGUGACCCUUUGGUGUUACAGAAAUAAAAUGAAGGUUCCUUUGUUGGGUAUCAACUUGUAUGGGUGUUACUGUGGCACAGGUGGUAGCGGUUUUCCAGUUGAUGAGGUGGAUCGAUGUUGUUUCCUUCAUGACUGUUGCUAUUACCAUUCCAGGAUUGUACUGAAGUGCCACACAAAGGUGAAAUGGGAGUUCUAUAAUUUCUCUUGCAGUCGAGAUCAGACAAACUGUACAUCAUCCAAUGUGUGCGGCAGAACGGCAUGCGAGUGUGACAAGCAGUUUGCCGAAUGUCUAACACAAGCAAGACCCAAGGGUAAACAUUUCUUCUACAACAGGAAGACGUUGUGCAAUGCUUCCAAAGAUGUAUGCCCUCCUAUCUUUAUGAAUGGGACAGAGACCUUUCAUGGGACCCAGAACUCUUCUCACAAAAAAGUGGAGAGAGGCAAACGGAAAAGCAAGUAUAUAUUCACAAAGCAAAAAAACAAGAAUAAAAAGUUCAAAGCCACACAGAAGGGAAAUGUUGGAUUCAGAGCGCACUAGA